AUAGUCCCCCGCCAGUCCACCACGCUGCUAGCUCAAAUUGUGAGUUCGCGUACAGUUGUCCAAUUCUUUAGUUUCAAGCUAUCAAGAUAUUGGAUAAGAGUGUCGUACGAAGACUUGUGAUCAGUUGUUGAUUAAAGUAUAUGUCAGAUGCGUACGACAGUGAUUGUGAAGAAUCGCAUCCUGUGAAAACUGUAAAGAAGACAAAUAGAAUGAGAAUUUUAAUUGCGCUUUUAUUGAUUGGAUUAGUUGGAAUGGCCGUGGCCAUUCCAACUGUGAUGUUAACUCGCACGUCGUCUAGUUCCGAUCCAGCAGAAAACGAGGUCGUUACCUACGACUUCCCUUAUGUGAGCCGCUCAGAAUGGGGGGCAAGGUCGCCUUUGGAAACGCUGCAACUGCGCACGCCGGUUCCCUACGUAGUCAUCCACCACUCGUAUACCCCGCUAGCUUGCUACAAUAGAGAUGAUUGUAUAAAGGCUAUGAAGAGCAUGCAGAAUUUUCAUAUCGAUGAUCGACAUUGGUGGGAUAUUGGAUAUCAUUUUGGUGUGGGCAGCGACGGAGUGGCGUAUGAAGGCAGAGGAUGGACCAUUCUUGGAGCCCACGCGCUGCAUUUCAACAACGUCAGCAUUGGCAUCUGCGUCAUCGGCGAUUGGACAAACUCUGUCCCGCCAGCAGAGCAGGUGAAAACCGUGAAAUCAUUAAUAGCAGCGGGCGUUGAUCUGGGCUACAUCCAACCUAACUACAAGCUGGUUGGGCAUCGACAAGUCAGAGAUACCGAGUGCCCGGGCCAAUCCUUCUUCGAAGCUAUCAAGAGUUGGGACCACUGGUCGGCCUUCCCUGCAUCGGCUAAGGACCUUGUCAAUGUGCCUGAGCUUAGCGAGGAAUUUAGAAAGGAAUAUAAUAAAACGCUUAAGUCAAUUUGAGGCAAACUUGAGA